CCCACUUUCCUCACGCCCUACGCCUUGCGAGAAGAUAGUAUGCAUGCCUCAUGGAAAACACACGUGAGAUGAUGCAGCCGGCCUAUUGCUUUAUAUCGCUGAACCUUCUUGCACACAAGUGCUAUUCCAGCCUGAAUUCUCUCAUUGCCUUGUCGUGCCGGUCUCGGUCUGAUCCCUUCAUUGUUGCCUCUCCCCCGCUCCCUCUCUCCCACCAUGGACCAGCAGCAGCAACUGGAUGAUUGGCAAUUUCCGCUUUGGAGUGAACAAGAAAUAGAUGCAUCCUACUUCGAGGAAUUCCUCGCUACAGAUGUAACCCAAGAUGAGACCCUUGCCACAUCCAUGCCGCCCGACACAUUCGGCAUCAACACUCGGACGAGUAACACGAACUACCAGGACCUUUAUGCAGGGAGCAAACCCGGAUCGUCAAGCAAUACCUGUUCGGUAAGCUACCUAAUGGAUGCUACUCCCAAUCAAGCAGUCGAAGGCUACCGACAAAUACCUGUACUACGACAGCACACGCUUCCUCGUCGUCGCAGCAAGUACAUGAUCCGGACAUCAAUAGGAACAUCUAGUCCCAUUGCCAUUCCAAUCAGCUCCCAAUAUGAAAACGAACAAGAGCAAUCUUUGACGAUGCAGCGAUGGCGCAAUUCGCCACCUGAAGAUGAAGCAGCAUCUUUCACCGCUAUAUGCGACGCUCUCGAUGGCCGGCCCGUAGGUAUAGCACCGAGGAUCAGUUGUUCUUCAAAUCAAAGUGCUUUCCGAAAGUACCGAGGCCCAUCAUCGACAACCAGUCUGGACAGUGCAGCGAGUGAAUCUUCGUUGCGAUCAGCCAAUUCAAGUCAUUCUGCUACAUCGCAAACUAGACGCCGCAGUCAAGCUAGUAGAACACGUAAAAAGGGCAAGGCCAAGAUCAAGAAUGCAGACGACUCAAACCGUAUUUUUAAAUGUACCUUCUGUUGCGAUACAUUCAAAACCAAGUAUGAUUGGACACGGCAUGAGAAGUCACUACAUCUGAAUAUGGAGGAGUGGGUGUGUACGCCACAUGGGGCUUCUGUCGUGCUGCCUUUGACUGGCAGAGUUCAUUGUGCAUACUGCAGUGCGCUUGACCCAACCCCUACCCACUUGCAGCAGCAUAACCACGAGGUUUGUGGUGACGGCCAAUCUACGCCUCGUAUAUUUCGCCGAAAGGAUCACCUUGUUCAACACCUCCGCCUCGUCCAUGGGCUAGAUACGCUUCCGCUUAUUGACGAUUGGAAACUCGAGUCAGGUCCCAUAACGUCUCGCUGCGGCAUUUGCGAUGCCGUCUUGAGAAGCUGGGAUGAAAGGGCAGACCACUUGACAGCGCACUUCCGCGAAGGAAAGACGAUGGACGACUGGACAGGAGAACAUGGCUUUGAGCCUGCUGUAUCUGCUCGCGUCCUUAAUGCAUUCCCGCCUUAUCUUAUUGCAGAUCAAGCAAAAACAGUGGUCCCUUUCUCGGCGACGAAUCCAGGCUCAAUUGACCAUACCAAGCAGUUUUUCUCGCAUCUCCAAUUAGAGGAAGCAGCGUCCGCACUUACCACGGAGGAUGCACCAUUUCAGGACCAGCAGGACUUGAGCGACUCUCUGGCUGCGCUUCGAACAACGCCGUCUCUACACAACAACUAUGAUUUUGCUACAGUUCUUACCCGCCAUCUCAGCCGCUUCGCGAGACAGCAGAUGCUUUUGGGCAUCAUUCCUACGGACGAGAUGUUUCAACGAGAGUCACGAAGGCUCUUCUAUCAAGACGGAGAUGAUGGAUGGAACCAGACUUUAGCUGACCAUCCAAGUUGGCUACAAGAUUUCCGUCAGCAAGGCGGAUUUAUGUAAAGAGCCAAGCAAUCUACGUAUAGGGCAGUGCUGGCACUAGGAUAUAAGUAGUAAGAGCCAUCAGUGGAUAUGCGCGAGCCCACGCGUCCUCGGUGGAAUAGGAAUAUUAAUCCCUAAAUUGCCGAAAGUGAUACGCUACACUUGCGUGGGGAAGGAAGUUACGCGAACAGUACAGUUGUACCCAGAAAUGCCGAGAUCCAUCAAUAUGUUCACCGGUUGCUCUUGGCCCUAUCUUUGCUUUAUGUAGGAAUGGAAAGCUG